GGGGGAUGCAGGAAGUGACGCAACGGACCUGUAAGGUGGGGGCCGGUUUGCCGUUGUUGUGGGUGCGCGAGACCGAGAAAGUGAGAGAGAGCGGGAGCACAGCUAACGCGGAUCGGUGAACGGCAAGAGGAGUACGACGAAGAUGCUGCCAGACCUGCUCAGCUUUUCCAGCAAUUUCUGUUUUUGCUUUGAGGUGGGGAGUGGACUGAUAGUUAAGCAUUUGAUUCAGACAAAGUAGUUAGCAGGUCUGGAUGUGUGAAGGCUAGCACUUGUAAAAUAAAACUUUAAAAAAUCGCUGUAGUCACUAUGGCAGCACCGGUGAAUACUCAGAAUCCUAGUAAAACCUGGGAGCUCAGUCUCUAUGAACUGCACCGGACCCCACAGGUGAGUAAAACAGGGCAGCUCAGCCUCUACGAACUGCAAAGGACCCCGCAGGAGGCAAUUAUGGAUGGGACCGAGAUUGCAGUGUCGCCCCGGAGCUUGCAUAGUGAACUGAUGUGUCCCAUCUGUCUGGACAUGUUAAAGAACACCAUGACAACAAAGGAGUGUUUACACCGCUUCUGCUCGGACUGUAUUGUCACCGCACUCCGCAGCGGAAACAAAGAAUGUCCCACGUGUCGAAAGAAGCUGGUGUCUAAACGAUCUCUCCGACCAGAUCCUAAUUUUGAUGCGUUGAUCUGUAAGAUCUAUCCAAGCAGGGAUGAGUACGAAGCACAUCAAGACCGUGUGCUCGCACGAUUGAGCAGGCUCCAUAACCAACAGGCUCUAAGUAGUAGCAUUGAGGAAGGGCUGAAAAUGCAGGCCAUGCACAGAGCUCAGCGAGUAAGGAAGGCACAGCACGAAUCAGACAAUACUACUUUCAGUGGUGGGGAAGACAACUGUGACAGCCGCUCUCACGUUAGCAACGUGUCUACGCACAGCAAUCAGGAGGCUGGUCCAAGCCGCAAACGCUCUAAAGCUUCAGAUGACUCUUGUCCUGAUCUGGAUAACUCACGGGAAGGGGCAGGAAGUCCAGAUGUCGGGGUGGACUCUUGCAGUGAAAUCGAGCUGGUGUUCCGACCUCACCCAGUACUUGUGGAAAAAGAUGAAUAUUCACAAACAAGAUAUGUGAAGACUACUGCAAAUGCCACUGUGGACCAUUUGUCUAAGUACCUUGCAUUAAGAAUUGCUUUGGAGGAGCAGCAGAAGAGCAUUGGGAAUAAUGCUGUCAGUCUGGAGGAAGUCAGUGAGAAACAGUACACGAUCUACAUCACCACCUCGGGGGGCCAGUUCACGACUUUGAAUGGAUCGCUGACACUGGAAUUGGUAAAUGAGAAAUAUUGGAAGGUCAGCAAGCCUCUUGAGCUAUACUACGCACCCACCAAGGAGCAGAAAUAGUGAAGGAAGAGGACUAAAAGAAAACUGCUAUCUGCUUGCUUGCUCCUUCCAUAUAUUUGCCACAAUAAGACUGCAACAGCUUUUUUGGCUUUGGAGAUUGUGGAAGGGACUGUGCUGAAUCCCACAAGAGAAGGACUGGCUGGAAAUUUUGAAUGCAGGGCCAACGAGGACAUUCUCUUGCAGUCUUGGUUAAGGGUAUAGAAUAAAUCUGAACUGUUACAUACCAUGUCUCCUGUGUCCUCUGGUGCUGGGUGCAAAUGUGUGUUUUGAGUUCAGGAUCACGUUUUGAGGUUUGACCUUAUUUCUACUGUGAUCAAUCGGUCAUCCCAGCUAGUGAGUAGGUGUUCAUGGAGCCCUGUGGUUCUUGUGCAGGUCCCUUUCGUUAGAGAACUGCUGAUACUUUAUAUAUAUAUAUACUAUAUAUAUAAUAUAUAUAUUAUAUAUAUAUAUGUGGUUAGCCAAAUCCAUUAAAUGAAACAGAACAUUGAGGUUGCACAGUACUGACAGUGCAUACUCUUUUGUAGCUGAUGAGGGGUUAGUGGGCAAACAAAGAAGAUUUUAACCAUUUGAAAGUUACAGUCCCCAAAACAAUUUUCAUGUCAGGUUUGAUGUUUUUUUAGAUGUACUAUUUCUUCAUUUUUCUGUUUUUCCUUUUGUGUGUUUAUAACAGACAUGGCUGCAUAAUAUCCACAAUUAUUAUAUAUCAAAAUCUUCAGCUCCGUUUGUCGCUGAUGUGCAUUAUUUUGGUUUUCUGCUUCUACAUUUUAUCUACGUAAAUGUUUUACAAAAAAUUCAAAGUCCUGCGCUUAAUUUAUUAGAUAUUCAACAUUCUCAGCUAGUAUUAAAUUCUUCCUCUUCUCCUCCCACCCAUCUUUUGUUUGUUGAGCAGCUGGUUUCCUUUCAGUCCCUUCAUUGAGAAUAACCCUGAACUUUCUGGGUUUAAAUAAAGUGCCUGUGCCAAUUGGCCUAAAGUUUUGAUCCCCCUUGCACAGCUGGCUCAUGUUUUCAUUUUGUCUCUCAUUUGUCACUGUAUUUGAAGAGGAGUUUUUUGGUGAACAAAAGUUAGAUGUGUUACAUGAUGAUGUGUUUUUGAGAUUUGAGACUGGUUUUUUUUUUGUUUGAAGAUUGCUCAGUUGACCUUUGAUGCCAUGAAGGUACUUGUACCCAUUUCAUACCUGUUGCUUUGGAAUGGAAAAUCCAACCUAGUCAUAAUUUUCCCUGUCUGUCACCUUGAUUUGGAUUUGAGAAGGGAGGGUGGGGAAGGGGUUAUUUUUAAGGGUAAAUACUGUUGUGUGCUGACUUACUGUAUCACAUGAAUUUCAUAUUGUGUGAUUAGGAAAUGUUUUAAUAUUCAGAGAAUAAAUUUUAUUGAGUGAGUUUUGUUUUACUAGAAAAAGACGUGCACUUAAAAGAUACAUUCUUCUGCUUUCUGAAGUCAUGGACUUUUUUUAUCUUCUUUCAACACUUCUCCCUGGUUGUUUGUAUGUGUGAACCUUGAUCCACCUGUGUUGACAGACUCUUUGCACCAGCAAUGCUGUUGAGCCAAACUUCUUCCAUUCUGGCUCACAGGUGUAGAAAAUAGUGAUUAUCUUGCGAUAAUUGUUCCUCCUGACCCAAGGCCAGUGUUGUCAAUUGCACUUCAUCACUGUGUUCUUGACAGAGCUUUGAUAAAGUAGUAGAGAACAAAGAUUGAGUGUGGCUUUGAUACUGAAUAAAUUUUCUGCUCUCUACUCUUGGUUUUGGCUAGAA